GUCAUGGACAACUCUCCAGCGGACAUCACCGUUAACCCGUCUGACGACUUCGUGGCUGCAUCAUCUAUUGCAGAACCUGAGUCCAGUGCUUCCGACGGACAAACAUCUUCGACUUUGCUCAGUCGCAUUGGCACUGCAAAAGUAUAUUUACUCCCAGAUACUACUUCGCAUUCGGCCACGAAGCGCAAGCGGGAUUCCGAAGAUGGAACAGAUGAGCCCAUGAGCGAAGAACUUUCUCUCAGAAGGAAUGCUCUUUUUCUUAAUGGGACACCCAUUUCACAUCUCCCCACCGCUCGCAUAUUCGCGUACGCAACACACUUUGACGUUCAGCCCAUGGGUCUUGAAUGGGUUAAUGACGACUCCUGCAUCCUGGUCUUUGAUUCACGAAAUGCAGCCCGCGAAGCAUUUCGUGCAUUUGCGAAAAUGGCAUCAGAAGAUGUCGACGUGGAAGGUUUUGUCAACGCGAAGUCCAUCCCUGUAACUCUCUGGCCACCGGAGGAGAGGAUCACCCAAAGUCUUGGCAAGGGCGAGGGCCUAAAGGGACUCGUGCGGAUGCGAUGGGCGAAGAUUGAUGAUGUGAAGAAGAAAGGGUCGCGGGAGGACAGCUGCUUUUACAAGAAGUAUGGGGAAAAAGCAGGGAAAGAAGAUGGAAUGGGUGGCGCCAGGAAAAGGCGUAGAGACGACCCAGCAGGAACACUCCAGGAAAGGCUUGAUCUCGACAAUGAAUUGGACGAGUUUCUAGCGGGAGACGAUCUCCCUGAUGACGUUCGCCCUGGGGCAAACCCUCUCCUCAGCCGACUGACUGAGGAUCCCGACAGCUCCAGCCAACAUAGAAGUGACCACCGACGAACAAGAGGAGACGCCCAAACCUCCAGAAGGCGGCGCCCUCCGACACAUCAAGACCUCGAUGAUGAACUGGAUGCUUUUUUGAAGCAAAAGGACUGAGCUUGACGUUAAUGCUCUCAUACGCCAAUGACGCGUUUAUAGUGUUCUAGGCACGAAACGUUUUCAAAUUACAUGAUACUUAUUAUCCCUUGAUCAGUACUAAGUAUUGCAGUACUGCGCAACGAGCAUCUUAAUGUACUACUGGAUCCUCCCUCGUGAUGCAAUGUAGAU